AGGGGCGGUUUUGGUUUUGGUUGCGUUCGGUCUCUUUUCGACGCGCCUCCCGUAAAGCCCGUAAUCCUUCCGGCUUUUCCUCUGCAGAACGCAGUCAGCACUCAGCAGUAAGCACCCUGCACAACACAAAUUGGAGUGGGUGAAAGAGGGAGGAAGAAUGAGGACCAUAGUUCAGCGAGUCGCUUCUGCGAGCGUCGAGGUGGAAGGGCGCACAGUGUCAGAGAUUGGACCAGGUCUCCUCGUUCUCGUCGGCGUUCACGAAUCCGAUGUUGAAUCCGAUGCUGAUUACAUAUGCCGGAAGGUAUUGAACAUGAGAUUGUUUCCAAAUGACAAGACUGGAAAAGCUUGGGAUCAGAACGUUAUGCAGAGGAAUUACGGAGUUCUAUUGGUGAGUCAAUUUACAUUGUAUGGAAUUCUGAAGGGUAAUAAGCCGGAUUUCCAUGUGGCAAUGCCGCCUGAAAGAGCAAAACCUUUCUAUGCUUCUCUUGUUGAAAGGUUCCGAAAAGCCUACAAUCCAGAGUCGGUAAAGGACGGUGUAUUUGGGGCAAUGAUGAAGGUAAAUUUGAUUAAUGAUGGGCCUGUAACAAUGCAACUUGAUUCUUCACAGUCUUCCAAGAACAAAAACGAUACUGAAAGAGAAACAUAAUCAGUCAUCAGCUUGAUAUAAAUCCAGAUUCAGACCUAAAGUCAAAAUUCCUUGUCUGAAGAGUAAAUUCUAUGCAGCACAAUCAGAUAUGAAAAUUUUAUUGGCAUUGCCUAUCUUAUGUCUAAAUAUGAAUUGACAAACAGAUUGCAUUUGGCAAUUUGAUUUUGGGAUGCAAAUUGGACAGUUAUUUCAGAUUUCCAAGUUUGGAUCAGUUUAUUAAUGAAAAUUUUUCCUUCGAUCUCUUACCUUCA